UGUCACGACUCGGCUACAAAUACGCUUGACACUCAUGGAACUCAUGACUGUGUAUCAGGAUCACAACAUCUACACUUUCAUCUGAGUAAACAGAUCAAAUGUUGAACCAGCAUGCAUCAUCAGCGGCCAUGAUGGCCAUCAUCUGGACCCCGGGAAUACACGAGAACAUUCCCCAUGAUGAGACCCUGCAGUACCUGCUCAUUCUGUGCUCCAAAGUAACUCUGAACACAAUUGUUCUGACUUUCUGGAGGCACAGCAUUCUCAAGUCACUCCUGGGGAUCUGCAGUGUCUCUAUGUACGUGGCAGACAUGCUGCUGGUCAGUGCUGUCACCAGCGUGUGGCUCUUCAAAGAAAACCUACCCACCUCCACCUCGAUGUGCUUCAUCCUGGCUCACGGAUCGGCUGUCUACGCCCUGCUUCCUCUACCCAUACUCAUUGCUGGGGCAUUUGACUAUGGCAGUUACCCAUACCAAGAAGGUAACUUAAGCUCUAAGCGCAGGGCUGUAAGUUACUGCAUUGUGGUAGUGCUUAUGUGGACAUUAGCGUGCAGUUACACCUACAACUACACAGACACACAACCUAUGGAGAUUUACAAAGACAACGUCAGAGUCCUGGUGUGUCGUGUUCAUGGAUCUAGUGUAGCGUUUCAAUUUAGUAUGCAGGUAUUUAUUGCAGUGGUUCUUAUAUUACUGCUUUAUUUUAAGAAGAUGAUUGGUUGGAUCAGAAGAGCGAAUAAACUGGCAGAGAAAGAUCAAAACUUCAUGUACAGUCAGGUUGGGGGAUGUGGAAAUUCUGAAGUUGAAGAAAAUUCCCCUCCUCUAUUUGUCAGUCUGACUCUAGGUUUUGCAUCGAACUGGAUGCCCUACCUGUUGAUGUGUUUGGCAUGUGCCUUGGUGGGCUUUGUGGUGCCAGCUUAUGCCAGUGUCAAUCUUCUGUGGAUGGCCUGUGCCAACAGUGUACUGGUUGGCAUUGCCUUUUGGUUUAGGAGUGACGGGAGUGGACCUUUAGGAAAAUUCCCAGAUGACACUUGUUUGUGGAAAAACUACUGGCACUUGAGCAAAGGAACUUCACCAACCGUGGACGCAAAGCUUACCAAAAGAUUAUACAUAAUAGUUCACAAGCCUGCUAUGACUUCUCAAAAGAUCUAGCCUAAAACGUUUAAAGGCUGGCAUGAUA